UUAUAAAAUAAUAAUAAUAAUAUAACGGACUUAUUAUGGAUUUAAUAGAGGAAGAUAUUUUGUUAAAUAACUCUUUUCAUACUGGCAAUAAUUCCUGUAUUGUAAUAAUUCGAAAUUUUUUCUCUAGGAAGAUUGAAUUAUUGGUUAAUAGAAUAAAAUUAUUCUUCAAUAAAGAAAUGAAAGAAAACGAAGAAAAACACGUAAACCAAUCGCCAUAUAUCAACAAUAAUGUAAUUGUAACAUCAAUUCUUGCAUCGAGCAAUUCUCAUAACACAGAAUUUAAUUUCGUUAUUCCCGAAUUAAUAGUAUUAGGAGGAAACGACGAUAGUAGAUCGAGUGUAAAAAUAUGCUCCGAAGAAAUCGAAAAAGAUCUACCAUGUUGCAAUGGAAGAUAUUUACCUGCUAUCAUGUCGGGCCAUGAUUGACAUUAAAAACGAACAGCAGCCGGAUGGACAAGAUAAAGUGACAGCCUCCCGUUCUGGGGAUCCGAGAUUCUGGAGAAUCCUGUCAGGUGAAACCCCAGAAUUUUACGGGGAUGGUAUAUCCGAAUAUGGGGCCAAUCUCUCAUCACCCAAUGUGUGCCUGGCUAAACCCAAGAUGGGAAUGCUAAAAAAAGAUGAUAUAUCUUUCAUCGGCCAGAGUAAAUCAAAUAGAUCAAAACAAUCAGGUGGAACUGAAUCAUGUGUCAUUCUUGAUAAUUAGCAAUGCUUUAUAAAAAUAUAAAAAUGGUUUUAUAUUGUGAAUUAAAGUUUUUUGUAUUACAUUUACAAUCGUCGAAUUCUUAUUAACUUCAAGGAGACAUACUAUUUCAUCAGGCUGGAGAGCGUUAUAAAAAGUGAAGAUUUCUUCUUCCAGUUGUGAGACUAGUAAUAUUUAUCACAUCUUUCUUAAUUAUUUACAACUAGCAAAGACCGAGAUUAAAACAGUUCUCUUUAUUUCGCCUAUUUAAAAAUGAUUUUCGGAUUGGUAAUUUUCUAAUCCCUUUUCCGGCUGACAGUUUCAGAUCUAAAGUUA